UAUUCUAGGUACCCUAUUCUAGUUGGCAAGGAGAAAAAAACAGCCGCAAGAUUCAAUUAAAAAGAAUAACUUUUUAUCUUCACUCAGCGGAGCUAGAGUCUAGACUACUUCGUCGAAGUAGAUCUAGACCUAGAUCUAUCAUACUCAUAGAUCUUGAUUUAGAUUUAUAUUAGGUCUAGAUUACUCUAGAUCUUGAUUUCGACCCAGAUUGACUAUAUUCUUCGUGAACCAUGAUUAUUUUGUCGCCCUUAUACAGAGCACUUGUCGCAGUUGGAGAUAAAUGCGUACCAACAAAGUUCAGGCCUCUUUGGGAGCACCCAGCAGGUCCUAAAACUAUUCACUUUUGGGCUCCUGCACUAAAAUGGGUUUUGGUCUUUGCUAGUGUUGGUGAUUUACAAAGACCUGCCGAAGCCCUCAGUAUCAACCAGGCCAUUGCUUUGGCUGCAACAGGUACUAUAUGGGCACGUUAUGCCAUGGUGAUCAUUCCUAAAAACUACAGCUUGUUUUUAGUGAACAUAUUCGUUGGAAGCACUGCUUACAUUCAGUUGUUUAGAGCAAUUAACUACAGAUUGAAAAACCCAGCAGCCAAAUGAAAAGAUCAAGCAGUUUAUUUGUUUGUUAAUAAACAAAAUGCAUUUUCUUAUACAACUGUGAUGAAGUAUUUGUAUGUUCCAAUAGUUAAAACAUAAAAUAUAAUUUUUUUUUCAUUUGUCACACUAUUUCCACAUCACAUAAAAUUAUAUUUUGAUGUGUUAAAUUAUGACUUGAAAAUUGUUAUUAGUUGAAAUUUAUAUUAUUUCAAAGAGAUUUAUUUAGUUGGCUGCUAAUUUGGACUAAACUGCAGUAUUAUUUUUGACUUAAUUUGUAAGAUAUAUUCAGGUGUCAGGCUAUUUGGUCCUAUUACCAAAAAAUCAAUAUUUUGUUCUACAUCUUAACCAUGUCAUACUUGUUUAUUUAUUUUAUCAAUUCUCCCAUAUUUAAAAAUGCAUUGAUCUCAAUGUACACAUAUUUUGUGAUUAUGUCCUCAUGAAUUUAGAAUUUUUCGGAUUAUUUCAUGUUAAAUAUUGAUCCUUUUUACAAUUUUUUUUUCAUACGGGUAUUGUUUUGAGCCUUUAUACAUUUUGUAGUUUUUUUAAUGGGUGCUUUAAAAAUUUGCAAACAAAAAGUCAGAUAACUUUAAAAAAAAUAAUAUAUUUCUAAUCAUAUUUCUGGAACAAGAAAUAUUUAUAUAAUCAUGACUCAUGGAAAGCUUAAUGUCUACAUAUCUCAAGAUUUAAUUUGUCAAUAGAAAAUUUUUAAAUUGCAUCAACCCUGUUUUUUGUAUUUUUUUAAGCUAAAGAAAUACUAUUAGUGGCCUACAAAUUCUAAUGUUCUAGUACUAUUUAAGAACUUACAAUUUAUCACCUAGUUUCCUUGUGUAUUCAUCAUCACAUAUUGAUCUUUUUUUUUUUUAUCUGUAUCUAUCUAAACAUUGUAUGAAAUAAUUUAGCUCAAGAAGUAAUUGCUAUGUGUGAUGAUGUCUUAAACAGAACAGAAGUAUUGUAUGCUUUUUGUUCGUUUUUUUUUUGUUUAGUAUUUCAGUUACAGGUUUAAAAAAAACGAUAUUAAAUAUUUACAAAAGAU